ACGUUCUCACUUGAAAAAAAAUGGAGGUCGGAGGAAACGGCGCUGGGCUAGUUGUAAACAAUAAACAGAGAGCGAUGCUGCCAAACAAGAGUAGGGGAGAAUUCACUCGUAACCAGAGAAAGGAUUCAGAGGGCUUGUCUGAGUCCCCAGACCUCGAGUUUGAAUAUGCUGAUACCGACAAGUGGGCUGCAGAGCUGUCAGAGUUGUACAGUUACACUGAAGGGCCAGAGUUCUCCGUCAAUAGAACAUGUUUUGAGGAGGAAUUCCAAACACAUGUGUGUGAUAAGAAGUGGACAGAGCUUGAUGCACCCCAGCACAGGGCCCAUGCCAUGCGGAUGCUUGAUGGACUGGAGGUGACUGCUCGUGAGAAAAGGCUGAAGGUUGCAAGAGCAAUUCUGUACAUGGUGCAAGGAACCUUUGGCGAGUGCAAUUCCGAGGUUGAAGUGCAGCAUUGGAUGAGAUACAACACAUUCCUGUUGCUGGAAGUUGGAACUUUUUCCGCUCUGGUGGAACUGCUCAACAUGGAAAUUGACAACAGCGCCGCCUGUAGCAGCGCUGUGAGAAAACCAGCCAUCUCUCUUGCUGACAGCACAGAUUUGCGGGUGCUGAUCAACAUCAUGUACCUGAUGGUAGAAACCAUCCAGCAGGACGACCCAGCUGACCUGGCCGAAUGGGGAGUUAUCAGGGAAACCUUUAGAGCCGAACUAGGUUCUCCUCUAUACAACAACGAGCCAAUUGCAGUUAUGCUCUUUGGGAUGGUUACUAAGUUCUGCAGUGGCCACGCACCUCACUUCCCUAUGAAGAAGGUGUUACUGCUGUUGUGGAAAAGCAUACUGUUCACACUUGGAGGGUUCGAGCAGCUUCAAACCAUAAAGGUCCAUAAGCGUGAGAAGCUGGACCUUCCCCCUCUGCCAGAAGAUAGCAUCCGGGUUGUACGCAGUAUGAGGGCCGCUUCACCUCCUGCCUCUGCCUCUGACCUCAUAGAGCAGCAACAAAAGCGGGCGCGGCGUGAACACAAGGCAUUGAUAAAACAGGACAACCUAGAUGCGUUCAACGAAAAGGACCCUUACAAGGCGGACGACCCCCGCGAGGACGAGGACGACAACGACGACAAUGACAACUCAUUAGAGGUCGAGACUUUCCCACUGGAAAGGGACGAGGUCAUGCCGCCCCCUAUUCCUCAUCCUCCAUCAGAGAGGGUCUCCUUCCCCAAAGGGUUGCCGUGGGCUCCCAAAGUCAGGGAAAAGGACAUUGAAAAUUUCCUGGAGUCAAGCAGAAGUAAAUUUAUAGGUUACACACUUGGAUGUGACACCGACACGGUUGUCGGCUUACCCAGACCUAUUCACGAAAGCAUCAAGACACUAAAGCAGCAUAAAUACGUCUCCAUAGCCGAGAUUCAGAUCGCAAAGGAGGAAGAGUAUCAGAAAACCCCUCUGUCAGGGGGAGAAGAGGAAGUUGAGAUGUGUGCCACUGAGCUGCUCUAUCGGGGAAUCCUACCCACAUUACCUCAGUACAUGAUCGCUCUGUUAAAGAUUCUCCUCGCAGCAGCUCCGACCUCCAAAGCCAAAACGGAUUCAAUCAACAUUCUGGCAGACGUACUGCCAGAGGAGAUGCCGACCACCGUGUUGCAGAGCAUGAAACUCGGCGUCGACGUCAAUCGACACAAAGAGAUCAUCGUGAAGGCCAUCUCAGCCAUCCUACUGCUGCUCCUCAAACACUUCAAACUUAACCACAUCUACCAGUUUGAGUACAUGUCUCAACACCUGGUUUUUGCCAACUGCAUCCCCCUCAUUUUAAAGUUCUUCAAUCAGAACAUCAUGUCUUACAUCACGGCUAAGAACGGCAUCUCAGUGCUGGACUUUCCGUUCUGCGUAGUGCACAAGCUCCCAGAAUUAACAGCGGAGAGUUUGGAAGCGGGAGACAACAACCAGUUUUGCUGGCGAAACCUGUUUUCUUGCAUUAACCUGCUGAGGAUUCUCAAUAAACUGACCAAGUGGAAGCACUCAAGAACAAUGAUGCUGGUAGUGUUCAAGUCUGCACCCAUCCUGAAGAGGGCGCUAAAGGUGAAGCAAGCCAUGAUGCAGCUCUACGUCCUCAAGCUGCUCAAAGUGCAGACCAAAUAUCUUGGGCGCCAGUGGCGGAAGAGCAACAUGAAGACCAUGUCGGCCAUCUACCAGAAGGUGCGACAUAGGCUGAACGACGACUGGGCCUAUGGAAACGAUCUGGACGCUCGUCCCUGGGACUUUCAAGCUGAGGAAUGUGCCCUGCGUGCCAACAUCGAACGCUUCAACAGUCGCCGCUACGACAAGAAUCAAAGCAACCCGGACUUCCUUCCCGUGGACAACUGCCUGCAAAGCGUCCUGGGGCAGCGGGUGGACCUGCCUGAAGACUUCCAAAUGAACUACGACCUCUGGCUGGAACGAGAGGUCUUCUCCAAACCCAUUUCAUGGGAGGAGCUGCUGCAGUGAGAAACGGCCACCGUCCUCCAUCUUUGAUCGAGGAUCAGACUCUCUCUCGAGUGUGGCGUUCAGGUAACCCGGCACCGAGCACUCGUUGAACAACCUUGAUAAAUGAAUUUGCAGCUUGAGUGAUCAUGGAAAAAGUUUUUGUCCGUCAGUCUUCAUAGUCGCCAACAAAUUAUUUAAUCAAAUGCCUCGAGGAGUUAGUAUGAUGCUAAUGUAAUGUGUUUAAUAGUAGAUACUAUUGAUUUUGUAUUAAGGUUCUGUGAGAUGCCACCUCUCUGAUGCAAGUGUACAAAAGCAGCUUUGUUUGUGAUCCGUUACCUUUGCAGCCACUUUCCUUCGUGACCAUAUUUCACUACUUUGCUACGCAUUUUAAAUACAUUUGUGGGAAAUAAAUACAAGUUUUAACUGUACAACUCAGGCCGGGGAAUGCGGGCUGUUUUUAGAUGUUUUACAUUUUAAUAAAUGUACCAUUCCAUGUUUAGCAUAACUUUCAUUUUAUCAGACUGAUAAAGGGACUUUUUUUUAGCAUGUUGAUUUAUGGAAAUAAAAUAUAUUUCAGUUAUUGCCUCUAGAGGUAGAAGAAGUAUGUUUACCAAUCUUUUUAAUUUUAUGUUUGUUACAAUUCUCGGAUAUCGUCUUGGUCCCGCGGAGAUGGAGGCAAUCACAGAUCCAAAGGACAUAACGAGUACAGCCUUGGUUGAAAUAUGCUUUGUUUUGCAGAAAUAUGUCUUGCACAUUUUCACUUAAAUUUCUAUUUACAGUAAUUAGAAUAUUCUAUGCUUUUUGAAAAUAUAGUAUUUUUAGGUUGGUUGCAUCACUCAAAGAAAUAACAAAUAUUAAAAAUCUCCAGGUCAAUGACUUUUCUCUUA